AUGACAGAAAGAAACAAGAAGGCAAUUAUUAUUGGAGGUUCUUAUGCUGGGUUUUUGGCAUUGAAAACUUUACUCAAAUCUUCGAGAGUAAAGUUAGAUAUAACUAUGAUUUCACCCAGUAGGAUGGCUUAUUUUAAUGCUGCAGCUCCUAGAUUACUAGUGGAACCAAAACUUGUUGAGCAAACUGUUUAUUCAAUUCCAGAGUCAAUUAAAAAGCUAGCAAGUGGUACUAUUCACCAAGUAAAUUUCUAUAAAGGUUCUGUUUCAAAAGUUAAUUUGGAUGAAAGAUUAGUCGCUGUUGGUGAUAACAAAUUAGAUUAUGAUAAUUUGAUCAUUACUUCUGGUGCUAGAACCAAGACCGCAGUUUUUAAGCUCGAUAAUACCAGGGAUGAAAUGUACACGUUAGAUGCUAUUAAGACACUUUCUUCAGAUAUUAAAAAGGCUCAUUCAAUUGCUGUCAUUGGUGGUGGUAGUACUGGUGUUGAAACAGCAUCAGAGAUUGCCUACAAUAGCCAUGAUAAAAAGGUUACUUUGUUCACCGGUAGUUCAGGACCAUUAUCCGGACUUGCGUCUUCUUCAAUGACAUCAGAAGCAACUACAAAAUUAAAGAAACUUGGAAUUGAAAUAAUCAAUGAUACGUUGGUCGAUGUCGAUGGUAAAUUUAUUGUAUUUCCCGAUGGAACUAAAAGAGAAUUUGAUUUAAUUAUUGAAUCACUGGGAACUAUUCCAAAUACUGAAUUUCUUCCUAAGAAGGUAUUGAAUUCGUUUGGUCUUAUUGAAACUGAUGAGUAUUUAAGAGUUGUUGGUUAUCCUAAUGUCAUAGCUGCUGGCGAUGUGGUUGGAUUAGGUACAGGUACAAUUUUCAAUUUGAAAUAUGACCAAGAACCUGUUUUAGUGAGAACUCUUGAAUAUGAAGUUUUGGAUGAUAAGUCGGUCAAAUUAAGACCAUAUCUGCAACCAACAAGUUUUACAUCAUUCACACCAAUUGGUAAAGACGGUGGCGUGGGUAUGGUAUUUGGAUGGCAUGCUCCUAAUUUCUUGGUUCGAUCAUUGAAAUCUAAAGAUUUUAUGAUUCCGAAGAGUUCAAGUCAUUUUACAUAG